AUGGCUGUAGAAACUGAUAGAAUGACUAAAAAAAGGAACAAACCAGUGAAGACUGGUUUUGAUUAUAUCACUAUAACAGGCGGACACUAUAAUUUAAUCAAAGAUCUGAAGCGUUCGGAUGAUCCAAACACAUGUGAAUAUUUCUACCAGAAGUUCGUUCUUAAUAUGAAACGUCACUUAACAAGGACAAAAUUAUUUAUGAACGGUGGAUUUGUAUUUCUGCCAGAGAUGGUUGCGACCGUUCGUAAUGGAUGGGCGGCAGGAAUUUCCCUUGCAAGACCUGUAGCUGCUGAACCAGAUUUACCAAAGAAAAUGUUCGCGAAAGAAGUGAAAGGUGCGGUAAAAUCGCUCUUCGACCCAUUAGAUUUUUCUAUUGCACAGCAGUUUGCCGGAACACAACUCUGGCAACAUGCAAACUUGUUAACUGUGAUGGAUGCAUCAAAUGCUCAUCACGUAGAAAUAUUCAAAGCUGAUUUGGAUUUCCAUCAGAAGCAAAAAUCAGCUGCUGCUGCUUCUGGUGAUGUAAUCAUUGGUUAUCCAAAGACUAUUAUACACACGGAACCAUUAGAUGAACAAAUGCUCAGAAAAUUGCAACAACAAGUGUUAGGAACAGCAAGCUCAUUGCAAGGUGCUGCAAAUGAGCAAGAAAAAGCAGCAGAAACAGAUGCAAAAACAAUCGAUAACGAUCGAGUAAAGGAAGAUGUAAUAUAUCAAGUAACAAAGAAACAGCUGGAAAAUAUAGAUUCUGCUAACACUAUUGAUGAUACACUGCAUUCUGUAGCAAUGAAGGAACAUGAAAAAAUGGGUGGUGAUGACGCUACUACUACGACUGACGUGGAAAUCAUUGAAACAUGCAUUGAAAUGAAGGGACAUAAAAAAGGGGGUCAUGGUGACGCUACUGCAACAACGGACGUGGAAAUCAUUGAAAAAUGCAUUGAAAUGAAGGGACAUGAAAAAGAAGGUGAUGAUGACGCUACUGCUACGACUGACGUGGAAAUCACUGAAGAAUGCAUUGAAAAAGUGAGCCAAAGUCAGUCUGAUUCCUCUCAGCAACCACAACAAACGGGACAGUCACUGCAAGAAUCACAAUUGGAGUGUGGCACAGUCAAUGUUAAAGAUAAAAGUGAUCAUGAUGAUGGUAUUAUUUUGAGUGCGAAUAGGCAGCAAGAGCUGGAUGCAGUUGUUGAUGAUGCUAAGAGCGAAUUAGAAUCUGUAUUUGAAAGGAGUGCUAAGAUGGUAGAUCAAGUGGUGGAGGCUGCAGCUGAAAAAUUGCGUACGAAUGAUGAAUCGAUUUCGGUUACACAACCAUCUGAAACAAAAGUAAUACCAGAAACGAAAACAAUUCAAAAAGUACUAGAUGCGACUCAAGGAACAGAAACGAAUCAAGAAACAGAACCAUUUCUGGUAAAGGAAACCCAGGAAACGCAAACAGCUCAGGGAACCAAUACAGAAGCAGCUCAACAAACAGAAGCAGCUCAAAAGAUGGAGCCGUCUCAGCUAGAUGUAUUAGAAAUGGAGACAGUUGAUUGGACCAAAACAAGUCAAGAAACAGAAGCUCAAGAAAUCGGAGUAGUUCAAGAAGCAAAAGCGUCUGAAGGAGAUAAAGUAGAAGAGGACGUAGUUAGACAACGAGAAGCUCAAGGAAUAGAACUGUCCCAGUCAGAAGUACAAGACAUUGAGGCAGCUCUAGAAGCCAACACGGCUGUAAGAACAGAAGUAGCUCAAAAUACAGGCCAGUCAGAAACAGAAAUACAAGAAACGGAAACAACACAUAAGAGCGAAGCAUUUCAAAAAGGAAAAGAAAUUCAAGAAACAAAACUGCUUCAAGUAGACAAAAUACAAGAAAUGGAAGCAAUUAAGCAAACAGGAGAACUUCAAGAUACAGAUUCAUUUCAAGUAAACGAUGUCUUAAAAAUCAAAGCAAUGGAAGUAGAAACAACUCAGCAAACAGGACUAGUUCAAGAAACAAGACUAUGUGAAAGAGAAGACACACGAACACCAGAUGCAACUCAAAACGUCAAAACACUUCAAAAAAUAGAACCGUCUCAAGUAGAAGCUAAAGAAAUCAUAAAAGAUCACGAAAAAGAAAUGAAAGAAGAAACGGAAGCGGUUGGAAUCGAAAAUGUAGAUGUAGAGACAGAAAAAUCGAAACCUAUGGGAAGAAUAGAAGUCAUAUCUGGAUUAUCUGAAAAUUACAAACCAAUUAUUUCAGGAGUAGUUGAAGAACUUGGCGAGAGUGCAGAAAUCGUUCAUGUUGAUACAGUGAAUUCAGUGGAAGAUAACACAAGAUCAGAAAAUGUACAAAGACCAGAAUUUUCCGUCCACAAAAUGCAUGAAGAUUCUACUACUGAAGGCCAGGAUUUGAAUACUGGUGAUGAAAUUGUUGAAGAAGCCAUGCAACAAGAAAAAUACGGUGAUUUUGUGACAUCCAUGCAAACACAACCUCCAGAAGCAUCAAUGACAUCUCAAAGUGAAUUGUCGUCAGAAAAAAGCGAUGAACAAUAUACAGAUGCCCCAGAAUUUCGUGAAACUGAAGAACAUGAAGUAGAUAAAAACUAUCAUGCCCAAGAUUUUUCAAAUAUUGCAGAAAUAAAGAAUGGUAAAAAUGUUAUAAAAGCAGAGAUUCCAGCAAUCAAUAUGAAAACUGAAAUCUCAGAAAGCAUAGCCCAAAUUAAAAUUUCGAAAAAUGUAGAAAAUAACGGGGUUGUAGAUGGAACAAAAACACAAUUUACAGAUAAUGAAAUGAAAGCUGAAAACAUUUCAAAAAUGGAUGUUUUAAAAAGUGAUAUAUCAGAAAGUGAAAAACCAGAAAAUGUAAGAAAAUCUCACAUUGCAGUAAUGGCUGAAAUUUUGGAUGUUACAGAAUCACAUAUUUCGGACACAGCUAUAGUAGAACAAUGCGCAAAAAGAGAUAGAAAUUCAGAAAGCUCAGACGAGCACAUUUUGGGAACCAAUCAUGAAGCUGCGGAAGAUCAAAUCAAUGACUGUGAUAAAAACGUAAGUAAAAAUGAACCAUUUUCGGAACAAAUCGUACUGGUCGACUUGCCAGAAAAUACUUUGAAUAACAGUGCCAAUGAAAAAUAUAAUGAGAAGUUUUCUGGAGAAUUCUCAUUACAAGAUGAUAUAACAUGCAGAAAAUUGAUGCCAAAUGGAGAGAAUCAGUCCAAAUCAACAUCACCAACUUAUUCUACAUUAUUUGGUUCAUCGUUUCUUGGUGAAAAGGGUACAACGAAUAUAAUUUAUGAAGAAUACCAUGAUAAGAAUUCGAUUCUCGAACACUUACCAGAAGAAAUACUUCAGAGUGAUGUUUCUCAUGAUAUUCCCAAAAAUGAAGCAAAUAACAAGGAAGAUAUGAACGACGUAAAGAGCGAAGAGGCUUGCGAAGAUAUAGCCCAAAAGGUUCAAUCUCAGCAGUCUGUUACAGAUAAUCAGAUAUUGAGUGAAAGAAGUCAAAGUCAUGGACUAGCUAACUUCAUUUCAUCGACGUUACCGGAUUCUGUGCAGAACUUGUUUUCAUCUACUAAGGAAAAAUUUGAUGAGAUGUUCAUUGAAGGUGACAGUACUGACAAGGAGGUAAUUAAUAUACACUGUACUGUAAAAACAGGAAAAGUUACAGAUGGUGAUGAACGUAAGCAUAAGGCGCAUGCAGAAAGUCACACUGCUGCUGACCUUGAAUACGGUUUAUCUUCACAGUUUAGCGAUAAAGAAACACUUGUGGUGGAUAAUUCAGUCAAGAUGGAAAUGUUCGAUGAUCAUGUAAUAGCUGGAUCCACUGAUGCGCAUAUCUCUUCUGAAACCCCCGUGAUGCUAGAAACAACGACGGGCAACGGGGAGAGUGUGUACAAGAAACAUCAAACAGGACUAUUCGAGGACACAAGAAGCACGGAAGAUUUUGAUUUCGAAUUCAUUCAUUAA